AUGUUACCAUGCGUAGGCGUCGUAUAUACCAAGGAGAGCACCUUUUCGACGGAGGAGGCCCAAUUAGCCCAAUAUUUGGCACUGUGUCUUGCUGCUAGUGGUCGAUGUGCCAAGGCGUAUCUUGUAAGUAUCGAUACAAACACCAAGAGCGACGCAAAGCGGCCUAAAACAACCACGACUGACGCUGUCGCGCGGCGUUGCGACGGCGUUUUACUGGAUAGCAGGAAGUUCUCAUCGGAAGUCUACGAGGAGUCGGACAAUUGGAAGACACUGGAAACUUGUAAUUUGUGGCUGUUGCUCGUCGAGAUAGACGCGACGAUCUCAGUUGCCGAGUUUUUGCAUGAGAAGCUGGAUAACAAGCAGGAUAAGGAGCGACCUAAGCGCGUCGUGCUGAGUCUGCAAACGACGAUGCGUCGUCUCGCACAGCUUAAUUUAGCACUGCCAAAUGCUAUUGUGCUGCAUGGAGGAGCAGCUUUUCAAGUGAUCAAGGACGAGAAAGACGUAUUAAGACCGCUUUCCAAUGGCUGCUUCUUUGUCGAGAGACUUAUCAAGGAGAAGACUUUAGCGCUCUAUGCGUUGGAUGUGCUGGAAGGAACGGGAAUCCAGGUACUCAGUCGUCGGAACAUUCAAGCGAUCAAGUGGGGAUGCACGAUGCUGCGUAGUUUCUACUACAUCAAUGCACUGACGGGAAAAAGCAUUUUUGACGGGCUACGAGACCGAAAGACGCGUUUUCUUUACCUCCAGGCACUGCUGGAAAUGGACGAACUGUUUCGUGCCGUGCUGGCAAGUGUCACUGCUGCAAACAAAAAGUCUGGACGUGAGAGCGGAGAAUCGAAUCCUGAUACGAGCGCUGCUACACUCUUUCCGGUGCGGUCGCUGAUGGUGCUGCUCCCUCUCCCCGAUUGGAUCUUCAAUAAUUUUGUCUUGCGAGCGUUUGAUCUUGGUCUCGGAGCUCCAUCUAGUAAGGCCACGUCUGUUGUCAAGUCUGACUUGGAAGCAAGGCCGCCAUUACGAACAAAUUUUGAAAUCGAGUUUCGAGAUGUCUUUGAGUUGGCCACCGGGCGUAACAUGGCAUUGCCGGCUUUAGAAAUGUUGAAGAAGAAACUCGCGUCCGUUAGAAAACAGCAAGAGCUGGAACAGAAGGAUGGCGUCAAUUGUGCAACGCCGCUGCGAAUUGACAGUGCCGCUCUGCUUGCGGAGGUGAAAUUGGCUCCUCAUUGCACUGCGGCAUCCCGCACCUUUUUCCUGAAAGCGUUUGCUACAUUCGUGCUCACUUUGCUGCUGGGACUUUAUCUUUUUGUCUGGUAA